GGAUAUGAAAAAUUUAAAAUUGGGAUCUCGACCGAGCCUGAAAGCUAGAGGACCCAUCCUGGGCCGAACAAUUUUCAAAUUUCCAAAUAUUAAAACGGACCUGACCGGCCUUGAACUUCCUGGUGCGAUUCACACCUGUGAUUCUUGGACCUGAAUGCCCACCCUUAAGCGUAGCAGCAAGGCGUCCACAGAUGUUGUUGACUUCGGUGACCUCACUGAAGUACAUAUAUACUAUAAUUUAAGACAUGGAUUUAGACUAUUCUUGGCUCACCUUAAUAAGGCUGGUCAUACUCUUGAGAACUGUAAGGAUAAGUCUAUAGGUGAGGAGCAACCUCAUUCUAUCCCUUCAUCCAUUUCUAAAUCUCUGUUUGAUUCUGACAUUGGAAGGACUCACAGUAACCUCUCUUUUAGUAGUGGUGCUAUAGCCAUCCAACCGAUUUCAACAUUAGCAGCCAAGGAGGGGUCGUUGGUAUUAAAUUCAACUCAGUCUUCUCCAAAUUUAGAGCUUUUUUCAGAUGGUGUCAAUGCUACUCAAUCCUUUCCAAUUGAUGAUCAAGAUGCUUUGCAAAAACCCCUACUUUCUGCAACUCCAGCUCCUUCUAAGCAGGCAGUUUCUGCCCCUUUUGAUGAAUGUAAGCAGGGUCUUAAUGCUAAUUGCUCAAAUGAGCCUCCAUUGAACCACACGACCAGAGCUUUAAACAUUCAUGCAUUACCUUUCCAGCCCUCUAUUCCAGUUUUGAAGCAAGGGAAAUCUGUCAAGGAAUUGAAAGAGUUGACAAUGGAAACAGAGCAAAAGGCAUACAGUGGGGGUCUCCAACGAGGUAUGUCUCUUAAGGAAUUGAAAGCAUUGGCAUUCCAUAAGGAGGCAGUUCAAACAAAGUCGGUUACCACCAAACCCUUGGGCCUUUUAGACUUGAAGCUAAUUUAUGAACGCUCCCCACAAAUCAGCCUCAUUGAUAUGUCUUUUGGGAUGAAUGGAGAAGAUCAUAAGAGGCAAAAGGACGGGGGAGUUGAGGUUUCUGAAAUGGCACAUGACAAAAUUGAGUUUCCUGUUGAUGAUGAAGAUUCUUACACUCUAGAGGCUAAAAUGGAGCUUGAUGCUAUUCAUUUGUUGGAUGAUUUCAAUCCCAAAGGAGCCCUCGCUUUCGACAUACGGAACGCCGCCGCCAGCUGCGGCGGCGGCCACCUUCCUCCGCCGCCCCCGUUGCCGCCGACGACCCCUUCCUCCCAACCCAAUUCCUCUGCGGAUUUCGACCCUACAGAGCUGGGCGGGGCCGACGAGCCUGCCCGCACGCUCAAGCGGCCCCGCCUCGUGUGGACCCCGCAGCUCCACAAGAGAUUCGUGGACGCGGUGGCCCACUUGGGGAUCAAGAACGCCGUCCCCAAGACUAUAAUGCAGCUGAUGAGCGUGGACGGUCUCACUCGGGAGAACGUCGCCAGCCAUCUCCAAAAGUACAGACUUUAUCUGAAGCGGAUGCAGAGCUUGUCCGGCGGGGGCGGCGGCGGAAACAGUUCCGCGGCGGCGGGAGAGGAUCCCGCGACGGACCGCCUGUUCGCGAGCUUGCCGGUGCCGGCCCAUUUUUUGAACCCAGCGGGGAGGCCGCCUAACACCGACCGUUUCGUCCCAAUGCAGCAGCAUCAGAUUGUGGCGGUCUCCGUCGUCGGGGGCCGGCAGCUCCGUCCUCAAUACGGGCAGUUUGAGAAUUCAUAUGCACCGCCGCCGCCGCCGCAGCAGCAGCGCGUACAUAGGAGUGGCCCCGUCUUCGUGCCGCCGUCGAAUAUGGAAUGCGCGGCCGCCGGGAGGAAGAUCCUUACCCUGUUUCCUACCGGAGAUGAAUAGCUGUCGACCGUUGUUUCCGAAGUGUAAUUUCCGGUCCAUUCUUAAAAUUAAGAUUAAGAUUUGAAUAAGAUAUCAUCAAAUUC